AUGAGCUGGGGAUUCCUGCGAGAUAUUCUAAGCGGUGUAAAUAAAUACUCAACAGAAAUUGGCAGAGUCUGGCUGGCUAUUGUGUUUAUAUUUCGUCUCCUUGUCUACGUUGUAGCUGCUGAACACGUCUGGAAAGAUGAACAGAAGGAGUUUGAGUGUAACAUUAGACAACCUGGCUGUGAAAAUAUCUGCUUUGAUCAUUUCUUCCCAAUUUCCCAAGUGAGGCUUUGGGCCUUGCAACUGAUUAUGGUCUCUACCCCAUCACUUUUGGUUGUUCUCCAUGUUGCCUACCGAGAAAGCAGGGAAAAGAGACACCGAACUAAGCUGUAUAAAGACCUGAAAAGUAUUGAUGGGGGAUUGCUCUGCACCUACCUCAUCAGCCUCCUUUCCAAAACUGGAUUUGAAAUAGGUUUCCUCUACUUGUUUCACAAGAUCUAUGGAGGAUUUGACGUACCCCGCGUUGUGAAAUGUGACACACGUCCUUGUCCUAACACAGUUGAUUGCUACAUAUCCAAGCCCACUGAGAAGAAAGUUUUCCUGUACAUUGUGGUGGUGACAUCCUGUUUGUGCAUAGCCUUAAAUAUAAUUGAAUUCAGCUAUUUGAUUUUCAAAUACUCAAUCAAAUGCUGUUUCAGAAGUUACACCAAGAAGGUUCGAAACUCCAAAUGUGAACAUAAAAAAACAAAUUCUAUGGUUCACAAUGGUACCACUGUAUCUCUUGACCAAGAUUCACCCAAUAUCCAAGGGGGAGAUGAAAAAAAUGUGGGUCAUCACCAAGUAUAA